CAGAGAUACCCUAGAUGCAUACUCAAAAGAGCUUAAGAAUGUUGGCUUAAAAACUCUAUACUUCAUCGCUAACGCUUUGAAAAUGGAAAGUAAUGACAUGAUAACUCUGUUCAAGGAAGGAAUGCAAGCAAUGAGGAUGAACUACUAUCCACCAUGUCCACAACCCGAACAAGUCAUAGGUCUCACCCCUCACUCAGAUGCUGUUGGAAUCACAAUUCUUCUCCAACUCAAUGAAGUAGAAGGCCUUCAAAUUAAAAAAGACGGCAUUUGGAUCCCAAUCAAACCACUCCCUAACGCUUUCAUUGUUAAUAUUGGAGAUAUCCUAGAGAUAGUGACAAAUGGACAAUAUAAAAGCAUUGAGCAUAGAGCAAUUGUGAACUCAGAGAAAGAGAGGUUGUCUAUUGCUACAUUUCUAAGCCCGAAUUUGGAUGGUGAUUUAGGACCAGCACCAAGCCUAAUUACUCCAGACACACCUCCAAAAUUUAAAAGAGUAUCUGUGGUGGAUUUCUCUAAGGACUUAUUUUCUAAGGAACUCAACAGAAAAACUUUCAUUGAACGCUACUAUAUAUAAUGUCUUAUGUAUGUACCUAGCUAGCAAGAACGUUGCCAAUUAUACUCUAAUUUACCCAUUUGUAUCUUAUGAAUGGGAGUUUAUAUUGUAAGUGACUAUCAUCUCUUAAC